AAAUCAAAUUCUGAGAGAACGAAAAUAUCCAAGAGCAAUACAAGGAAACCUAUCCAAAGCUACGAAGAUGCCAGUCCAGUUAGCACCCGCGAUUGGAAUCGACCUUGGAACAACGUACUCCUGUGUUGGAGUUUUUCAGCAUGGUAUGGUAAAGUGGAGAUAAUUGCCAACGACCAAGGCAAUCGCACAACUCCUAGUUAUGUUGCCUUCACGGAAACUGAACGCUUGAUUGGAGAUUCGGCAAAGAACCAAGCAACGUUAAACCCAAGCAACACUAUACUUGACAUUUGACGACCCAACACCGAACCCAACAGUGCAAUCGAUCGAACCGAAACUGGAAUUCGCCUUUUCAAGUCAUCAAAGAGUCUGGUACCAUGGGCCGAAGAUAGGUGUACAGAGUAAGGGAGCGUUGAAAACUUUUGUCUUUUACCCCAGAGAAAAUGGUUUUAUGGUGCUCAAAAAGAUGAAAAAAAAACAGCAGAGGCUUACUUGGGACAGAAAGUCACUGAUGCAUUCUUACUGUGCCUGCAUAUUUCAACGGCUCUCAGACACAGGUCACUAA